AUGGGUCUCGAAGGUGGAGGCCGGCGGAGGAGACUAGAGGCGGAAGACUGGGCGGAGGUCGGAGAGGUGCGACGGAUGAUGCUAGGGUUAGGAGGAGAGGUGCGAUUUUUGGGCGUAAAGAUAUGGAGGAGAACGACUCCGAACGAUCUAACUAAGCUGCUACAAUCAAAUAUAAAAAACAUAGUUAAAUCAUCAUUUCUCCCAUCUUUGUAUGCCGAAAACAUCAAUUCAUUGACGGUACCGAUAACCACCCAUUGCAACGUGGUUCACCAUUCUCCACCAUAUCUAUCACAGCUGCUUGUCGAUGGAUUAUAA